UAUAAUUUACGGAGUAUAAUAAAAAGAGAUGGGAAAAAAUGUAGAGAACGGAAUGUCAAAACAACCAAAACAAAAGAGUAAAAUAACAAAGAGUAAAAUUGAAGAAGAAAGCAAAAAAAUGUCACAAAUAGAACUAUGCAUUGGCAGCUUCACGACAAAGGAGAGCAACGACAUUUCUCCAGCAGACUAGCAGUUCACCAGAGGAGUAGCUUUUGCUGACAUAUGCGUCAAUAGUGCCUUAGCUUGAAGAGUUAUCCAGCGUUUUAGCAGGGUGCGGUGGCCGGUGAUGGACGGCGGUCACCAGCUCCCGACGGCGGAUGGCAGCUCCAAGCAGCGGUUGCGGCAGCUCCCAGCGGCGGUCGCCAGCUCCCGAUGGCGGAUGGCGGCUCCAGGCAGCUGUUGCGUGCGGCAGCUCCCAGCGGUGGUCGCCAGCUCCCGAUGGCGGAUGGCAGCUCCAGGCAGCGGUUGCGGCAGCUCCCAGCGGUGGUGGCAGAUGGAUGGAUCGAUUAAUGCAUUUGCUAAUUGCGGAGUACACCUUCUCCUCUUCUCUUGUAGUGAAUCGGGCGCAGGGAGUCGGGGACUCACCUUUUGUACGGAGCUGGAGAGAGAGCUUGUUGCCUAAGCCCACGAAGACUACUCCGUAUGAAUGCAGGGGUAAUUUUGUCCCUUUUGAUAAACUUUAGUCCUAUUUAGGUUUAUAAAAGCAAUCGAUCCUAUUUAGGUGCAAAGGCCAUGUUUUAGUCCUAUUGGAGACUUUCUCCCAUGAAUAGUAGGUACGGUACCCCAUUUUUUAGAAAGGUAUCGGAGUUGUCACCUAUUUUAAAUAUUAUGGAGUAGGAAUCACUGAUGG